AUGACGAUAUAUCAAUCGGAACCGUUUCAAUAUGAGCUAAAUCGCAGAUAUCACGGAUACUUGGCUGGGCUGUAUAUGUAUCCGAACGAUGAGAAGGAACAAGAUCGAUUAGAUAUUCUGCACAAACUAUACCUUGUCUCCCGCCGAAAUGAAUUACAUCGCGCUCCUAUUUCAGUUACUCCAUACAGCCAAACAAGAAUAUUAGAUCUUGGAACAGGAACAGGAAUUUGGUCCAUAGAUAUGGCAGAUAAAUAUCCAGACGCCGAAGUUAUUGGAACAGACCUGUCCCCGAUUCAGCCAAAAUGGAUUCCCCGAAAUCUUCAGGUUAGGAUAUGCGAUUUUGAGAGUACCUGGACAUUAGGACAAAACUCUUUUGACCUCAUCCAUAUGCGUAACGGCGUCGGCAGCGUCUCAAGCUGGCCCAAUUUAUAUCGAAAUGUUUUCAACCAUCUAAAACCGGGAUAUGGGUGGUUUGAACAGGUAGAGAUCGAUUAUGAGCCACGUUGUGAUGAUGGAACAAUGUCUUCAAAUCCAAAUAUUUCGCCUCUUGUCAAAUGGUAUCAAUAUCUAGCCGACGCCACCGAACGAUCUGGCAAACCACUUCGGUAUCAACAUAAGACAGGAAAGAUGCUUGCGGACGCCGGUUUCACAGAUAUUCGCGAAGUUAUCAUUCAGGUACCCUACAGCCCAUGGUCAAGCGAUCCUCACCUGAAGAAGAUUGGCUCUUGGUAUACCCUAGCCAUGUCUGAAGGUCUAGAGUCCCUUUGCAUCGCACCAUUCAAUAGGAUCUACGGCUGGGAUCUAGAACAAAUCACCGGCUUUCUUGGCCCUGUCAAAAAGGAAAUGUUAAGUAAAAAGGUUCAUGCGUACAACAACAUGCAUAUUUGGAUUGCCCGACGCCCCUAA